AUGGAUUCAAUGAAUUUCAAGACAGUCAGAGCAGUUACCCCUGAAAAGGUAUCUAGAUUUAGUGGAAUCUCAAAAAACUCGGAGAAUUUGAAUCCCAAUGUGUCGAGCCCUUCUUUAAAGCUGUCGAAUUCACCAUUGGUGAAAUCUGCAAAAAGCACAAAGAAGACCGUUUCAGAAAACCCUAAUAUUGGGCCUUCGCCGAAGAACAAGAUUCGAGCGAGGAAGUUUGUGAUCGCGAAGAAGAAAUCGCAGAAAGAGGAAUCGAAUGGUUUGGCGGCUGCUGUGGCUUGUACCAAGUGUGAGAAGACAAAUGGGAGAUCUAAGUGUUUGUGUGUGGCCUAUGAGAGUCUGAGGGCUUCUCAAGAAGAAUUUUUCAAAAGCCGUGGUAAAAUAGAUGACGGGGUUGAUUUCAAGAAGUUAAAGGAAUGCGAUAGUAGAGUCGAUGGGGAGGAGAAUGGAGUCAAUUCCAUAAAUCAGAAUACAGAGUUUGCACAAGGACCCGAAUGUGAUUUUCUGGAGAUUAACAGGGAAAAUGAAGACGAUUUGAAUGGGAAUGUGGUGAAUGGUGAAAUGGGUAUGAAGAGAAGGAGGGCUAGAUUGAUGGAAGAGGCAAGAAAAAGUGUGCCGGAUCCGGGGGCUGGAAGAGUGAUGCAUUUGGUUAAGGCCUUUGAGAAGCUUUUGACAAUUCCAAAAUCAAGUGAUUCUGAGGAAAAAGAGGAGCAGGAAUUGGAGGAUAAUAAGAAGGGAAUUAAAUGGGCAUUGCCUGGAUUGCAAAAUCCUCCUGAGGUUCCAGAAACACAGAUUUCUUCAUCUUCAUUCUGUCCUUCAGAUUUUUUCCUCACCUCAGAGAGCUUAGGUCUGGAUUCACGCCGUACAUCUUCACUUAAUAGCAGCCAAGGAAGUGUUUCAAGUAGCACUGGUGGUCAAAGAAGUAGACGAAAUAGUACCGAGUCAUCUGGGACUUUUGCUAGAAGAAAAUGGAAGAGAAGGCAGCCUAAAGCAACCUCCCUAAAGCCCUUCAAGCUUUUAACUGAGGAAAGAGGAAAAUGCAAAGAGGAAGAAUUUAUGAAGAAGGUCCAACAGAUGCUGGAGGAAGAGGAGAAGCUUAGGAUACCAAUUGCUCAAGGUCUUCCAUGGACAACAGACGAACCAGAGUGUUUAAUCAAGCUUCCAGUUAAAGACAUUACAAGGCCUGUAGAUCUGUUACUGCACAGUGACAUUAGGGCUGAGGAGCGAGCUGGGUUUGAUCAUCAGGUGGCAGAGAAGAUGAGUCUUAUUGAACAGUAUAGGAUGGAAAGAGAGAGACAGCAGAAGUUAGCAGAAGAAGAAGAAAUCAGGAGGCUGAGAAAGGAGCUAGUUCCAAAAGCUCAACCCAUGCCAUAUUUUGACAGGCCCUUCAUUCCUAGAAGGUCGAUGAAGCAACCGACUAUACCAAAAGAGCCAAAGUUCCAUAUGCCUCAAAACAAGAAGAUCAAGUGCGCGGGAAUGACUUGUGUACACAAUUGCAACGAAGCUUGA